CUGCGAACCGGCAUGAUUUUCUGUGCGGUGGGUGAGAGUAAAUACCGGAAUAUCUCCCAUACCUACGCCAGUGUCACAGUGUGUAAAGUUUUGAUUUGGUGUUGGGGUGGCGUUGAAUGACUUCUGUUAUGAUUUAAAGAAAUACCAAUACGAUAAAUCUGUCAUGGCAGAUGAGGGUGAAGUUGUCCUGGUUACUGGUGGUUGUGGAUUUGUUGGUCAGCAUGUGGUCAAGCAACUGUUAGAGCAAGAAGAAUUUCCAGUGAAAGAAGUGCGAACCUAUGACCUACGACCUGUAUUCACAUGGGUGGAUGAAUUGGAAGUGAAAGAUACCGCCAUUCAGCUUCGGCAUAUUAGCGGAGACAUCACAGACCUGAAUGAUAUACGCAGAGCAUGUGAAGGAGCUACAAUUAUAAUUCACACAGCUGGAAAGGUGGAUGUUACAGCUUGCCCUAAUGUGCAUUCACUAAAUUUGGUUAAUGUAACAGGAACCGAGAAUGUGUUGAAAGCAUGUGUUGACAACAACAUCAGCAUCCUGGUCUUCACAAGUACUGUUGACGUAGUUAUCGGAAGUGAACCAAUAAUUAACGGGACAGAAUCAACGGUUGCAAUCCCUAAAUCUCACAACUUCGGUCCAUACGCUGAGACCAAGUAUAAAUCAGAGAAAAUAAUUCUACAGGCCAACAAUCUGAUUCUCGCAGACAAUAAGAAGCUGAAAACAUGCGCGUUACGCUUGCCUCCAAUGUACGGUGAAGGCGACCCUAAUUUUAGCGUACAGAUAAAAGCAGCAAAAAAGAGUGGAAAGAUGAUGCGUGUGUCUCAUAAAUCUUCUAAACUGCAACACCUGUACGCAGGUAAUGCUGGAUUUGCGCUUGUACUCGCAGCAAAUAUGCUGCGUAACCCCAAAUUUCUCACCGGACAGGCUUAUUUUAUCACUGAUGAAACACCUGUGACUAGCUUAAAUGAAUUCCUUAGUCCAUUUCUGGAAGAUUUAGGGAUUAAGACAUCUUCGUAUACGCUUCCAUAUUGGUUUUUAUAUCUAUUAGCGUUUAUUACUGAGCUUUUGGCUUGGAUUCUGCAACCUUUCAAUCUGAUUAAUCCGGUUUUCACAACUCAUGUGGUAUGGUAUAUUAACUCAGUUUUCUAUUAUAAUUCCUACUCAGCCAAGAAGGAAUUAGGAUACAUACCGGUUUAUGGCUAUGACGAAUCUAUAGGCCGUAGCUUAGAGUACUAUCGUAGAUACAGCUCAUCUCCAUGAGACCAAAGAGAACGAUCAUAUAAAUACUAAAAUUUAAAAAAUAAUAUUUUUUAUCCUAGUUCAUUUAUUGUAGUAUACAGUAUGUUAUUUAGUUUUUUAUUCAUUAAUGAUUUAUAUAUAAUUAUGAAGAAAAUUAAGAUGCUUUAUUUUCGAUAUUAGAUGUACAAAGAGCAUUUAACUAGAGACCCCAGGAUAAGGCUUCCACAGGCUUUACUACCCUCAGGACUCAGAGGGGCUACAUAUGGCCCAAGUCGGGUAAGGGAAAAGCCUCCGAACGUGUUGUCAUUUGUUACCCUUUAGAGGUGUAGUUUGUAAUAUUUAUUAACUUUCUGCUGUGGCCCUGUUCGACAGACUUGAGGCCCAUGCUUCUGGCAAAUAUAAAUACCAAUAAAUAUCCUAGGGCCCCUUAAGGUCAUAGGUGUUUCGUUACUGCUUGGUUUAUAGUAUAUAACCCAUAUUGUGGUAUUCAUUUUUUUUUAUCUUUUUUACAUUUGCAGCACCACUUCCUGUUGUAAUCCCACAGUAAUCUCACGGGAUUAGAGUAAUAUCACUUUAUUCAAGCAUAAAGACCUCCAAAUAGAAAACAAGAACAUUAAACAGUUAAGAUUUCCUGAAACUUGCAAUUUUAAUGGAUUUAACAAUAUGAGAGAAAUGAAAAAAAUGCUGUGAUGUUGUAAACAAUAAAAAAAAAAGUGGGCAUUAAGAGAUUUAUAUAAA